UCGAAGGUGAACACCCUGGAAGUCUGCAUGUGGCAACUGCGACUUCCACGAUGUUCAAGCGUUGAACGAGCUCAUUCGUUCACUUGCUUCCUUGCGGAGCAACCAGCCAUGGCCACCAUCAACAAGCAAGCUGUGACGGAAGAGCAGCAUUACAUCGAGAUCCCGACCCCCAAACUUGGCGCGACCAUCCUCGUGGAUGUGCCCAAGAUGACACUGGAAUGGAACAACGUGAACAUGAGUGUCAAGAUCAAGAACCAAGUGACCAAGCAGGUUGAAGAAAAGAUCAUCCUGCAAGACAACCACGGCAGCGCGUCGCCAGGUCAACUGGUCGUGCUCAUGGGUCCGUCCGGCGCUGGCAAGAGCUCCAUGCUCGACGUGAUUGCCGGCCGCAACAAGGACUUCACCGGCUCCGUCACCGUGAACGGUCACAAGUGGAACAAAGCCAUGAAUCGAUACGCAUCCUAUGUCAUGCAAGACGACGUAUUCUACGCGACACUCACUGUCAAGGAACACUUGAUGUUCCAAGCUGAGCUCCGAAUGGGCAAAGCGUUCAAUGCUGAGGAGCGGGAGGCCCGCGUCGACUACGUCAUCGACGAGCUCGGACUGACCAAAUGUCGCGACUCGCAGAUCGGCGGUGUCACAGACGUCCGGGGGCUGUCCGGCGGCGAGCGCAAGCGGCUCAGCUUCGCCACAGAGAUCUUGACCAAUCCAUCGCUUUUGUUUGUGGACGAACCGACGAGCGGUCUCGACAGCUUCAUGGCCGAGAGUGUGGUGCUGCAGCUGCAAAAGCUGGCGCGCGAGGGUCGUACGGUCGUGGCCACGAUCCACCAGCCGUCGUCCGAGCUGUUUACGCUGUUUGACCAGUUGUAUCUGCUCAGCGGCGGCCAGACCAUCUACAACGGCAAGGCGUGUGACGCUGUCGCAUAUUUCGCCUCCCAGGGACUACAAUGCCCGACGUACAUGAACCCGACCGACUACUUUAUGCGCCAGAUCAUCGUGUUGGAUCCGCAUUCCGACGCUGCGGCACGGGUGGACGCGCUCGUGCACGCGUGGAAGUCGCAUGUUGCCUCGUCGACAUCCAAUGCCGAACGAACUGUCGUGUCUGACUCAGCGUCGGAAGAAUACGAUGCGAAAACGUACCAGAGUUCGCAUUUGGGCGUCGUGGACCAACUGUCGUUGCUGUGCAAGCGCAAUGUGACACGGCUCGUUCGCGACACACUCGGGUUUAAAGCCCGGGUAGGCCAAACGUUGUUUAUAGCGGUCAUCGUAGGGCUAAUCUACUUGCAGCUGACCAAGGACCAGCGCGGCAUCCAGUCGUUUGCAGGCGCCAUGUUCUUCAUUGUGAUCAACCAGUUCUUUAGCAACGCUACGCCCGAGUUUGCCGCUGUGCCCACGGAACUGCCCAUCAUGAUCCGAGAGUACAACGGUGGACUGUACCAUGCGUGGGUAUGGUACCUUGCGAAAAACGUGAGCGAGCUCGUGUUCCAGCUCUUCUUUCCACUCGUGUUCCUAGUGCCAGUGUACUUUAUGGUCGGGUUUGGCGGCGACGCCGGAGUGUUCUUUACAUUUUACCUCUUCCUUGUACUCGUAUCGAGCGCUGCUGUGGGUCUCGGGUACAUGGUCGGGUGCAUCGCGCGCCACGCCCAGAUUGCGCAGAUCCUCGGUAUUGUUAUCAUUUUGCCGCUGCUGAUCUUUGGUGGCCUCUUCUUAAACGCGGACAACACACCCGUGUACUUUGCCUGGCUCGAGUACAUCUCCCCCCUCAAGUACGGCUACCGCGGCAUCAGCCGGGCGUUCUGGAACUCGGUUCAAGUCCUUCCGUGCGACCCGUCGCGCCCGUGCCUAGCUACGUCCGGCGCCCAAGUACUUGCCAACAUGGCCUUGGACAAGGACUCGAUGGCCGUGGACGUCCUGGCGCUCGUCGCCAUCAACUUGAUGUUUCGCACCAUUGGCGUCGUUUGGCUCUGGUUCAACAUCCGCCAAAAACAUUAGAUAUAGGCGGCGGCACCAGAUUUCAAGUUUCACUGUGUAUUGUUAACGCGAUUAUUUUCGAUAAAUUGUAUUGUGCAUUUCACCCAAA